AUGUCCUUUAGGAAAAAGAACAUCUUGAAGGUGAUUAUUCUAGGAGACUCAGGCGUUGGGAAAACGUCUCUUAUGCAUCGAUACGUCAACGAUAAAUACUCACAGCAAUACAAGGCUACGAUCGGGGCGGAUUUCUUGACUAAAGAAGUCACAGUGGACGAUAAAGUGGCUACAAUGCAAGUAUGGGACACUGCUGGCCAGGAACGUUUCCAGUCAUUGGGGGUCGCAUUCUACAGGGGUGCCGACUGCUGUGUUUUAGUCUACGAUGUGACCAAUAACAAGUCUUUUGAAAAUAUCAAGACGUGGAAGGAUGAAUUCUUGGUUCACGCAAACGUCUCAUCGCCAGAGACUUUCCCUUUUGUUAUACUGGGUAACAAAGUCGACGUGGAGGAAUCGAAAAAGUUAGUGACCCCGAAGGCAGCUCAGGAGCUCGCUACUUCUCUGGGUAACAUACCAUUGUUUUUGACCAGUGCGAAGAGUGCUAUUAAUGUCGACACUGCGUUUGAAGAGAUUGCAAGAAGUGCUCUACAACAAAAUCAAAACGACGCCGAUGCAUUCGAGGAAGACUUCAACGAUGCCAUAAAUAUACAGCUCGAUGGCGAACCAAACUCGUGCAGCUGUUAG